AAAACUCGCCUGGCAAAGGCAGCAGGAGCACAAGCAAGCACUCGCCGCUCGACUUUUACCUACUCUUUUCUGCGUGUUGCCCAUUCUCGACACUCCGACAACAAGCGUGAACAGCAGGAUGGUUUUGGCUGAAGCAGCCUUGCCCAUCAAAACACUACUCCUCACAGUCUUCCAGUCCAUCACCGAAGUCUUCCUACUAUGUAUCGCGGGCUACGUUCUCGCUUCCACCGGCGUGACCGAUAAGGCGACGCAGCGCAAGCUCAAUGUCAUCAACGUGUCGCUCUUCACGCCGGCACUCCUCUUCUCCAAGGUGGCGUUCUCUCUCACGCCGUCUAAACUCAAGGAGAUGUGGAUCAUUCCUCUCGGCUUCGUCCUCAUCACCGGUGCCUCGGCCGGCGUCGCCUGGUUCCUCUCAAAAGUGUUCAAGCUCAAGCGCUCGCAGACUGCGUUCGCCAUCUGCGCGGCAAUGUUCCAGAACAGUAACUCGCUCCCGAUCGCACUUGUGCAGUCUCUCGUGGUCGAAGUCCCAGGCCUCAAGUGGGGUGCCGACGAUGACAAGGACAAGAUGCUCGGCCGCGCCCUCACCUACAUGGUGCUGUACUCGACGCUCGGCAUGAUGCUCCGUUGGUCUUAUGGCGUCGCCCUCUUGUCCAGUGCCGACGACGAGGAACCCGAGAGCAAGCCCCUUGCUGUCGUCGACCUUACGCAGACGGUGGCGCCAGCGGACCCAGCCUACGCGUCCGUCUUCUCGAGAAUCACCACCGACGGUAAUGGCUACUCUACCGUUUCGCAGGUCGUCGACAUUCAGCCACAGGAGGUGCUCUCGCCCGAGCCGAUUCAGAGGGGGGACCCAUUCAUCGCGGCGUCGCCGAUUCGGCCGUCGUCGGCGGCCUCGGUACCUGCUCUCACCCACCGCCCUCGCGCACUCAGCCCGAGCGGCGUCGGCAUCCGCUCGCCGUCGCCCUCGCUCCCGUUAACCGGCUCGGCCACGUCCCAGAUCUCAAUGCACGACCCCAACGCCCCGCCUGGCUCGUUCCGUGGCCGUGUUGGCUCGCUCCAGCGCCGCGGCUCAAACAACAGCACGCGCAGAGCCCGCUCGCGCACCGACUCUGGACGCGAGUUCUGGGGCCUGCCCGAGCAGCCGCGCUCCAGACAUCCUCUGCAGGAGGUGGCCGAGGACAGCAGUGCCAGCGAGGCCGAGGCCGAGUCGGAGGACGAGUGGGGAGGCGCCGAGCUGCCCUCGCUCCGCCGCCGCCGGUCGCCAACAACCACACGCACGCCGCUGCAGGUCUUCCGUGACCGCAUCAAGAACGCCAUCCUGUCCAGCUGGAACACGUUCAACAGCUUCAUGACUGUCCCGAUGUGGUCUGCGCUCAUUUCGAUCGGCAUUGCGCUCAUCCCCGCGCUACAAAAGUGGCUCGGUGGCAUCAAGCCGUUCGUUCAGGCCGUCAAGAGCGCGGGCCAGUGCUCCAUCCCCGUGACGCUUGUCGUCCUCGGCGCCUUCUUCUACACGCCGCCUCAGCCGAUCGCUCUCGAGACCGAGGAGCGACCCAAGUCGAUCCGCGGAUACAUUGAGAGCAAGAUCCACAGCCUUGCGGGCGGCGGCAACGAGGUGUCGCGCUCGCCCGCGUACCCGGGCGAGAACAAGACGGUGUUUGUCGCCUGCGUCAGCCGAAUGAUUGUUGUCCCCCUCAUCUUCCUGCCGUUCAUUGCCCUGCUGGCGCGAUACGACCUGUUCGAGGCGGCCGAGGACCCCGUGUUCAUCCUCUGCGCCGUCCUCCUCGUGUCGUCGCCUCCGGCCCUCACGCUCGCGCAGAUCACACAGGCGGCGUCGGGCGACGCGUUUGAGCGCCUCAUUUCAAAGACCAUUUCGUGGAGCUACGCGGUAUUGACGCCGCCGUUGACCCUCAUCUACGUGGUGAUUGGGCUCAUGUUUUCGAAAAUGUAGCGCGCGUGUCGGCGCGUGAGCGAGGUCAGCUAGCCAGGCGUGGCAAGUUGACCUGGGGAGGAGGGUGGGCGGAGGAGGAAGUUUGGCACACACACAUGCCCAAUGUACAUCGAGAAUUGGUCAGUAUUUAGUAAUACCGCGCGGCGUAGGUUAGGAGUCAUAGGAGACAUGCAUGCUGGUG